AUGACCGAAGAGCCGCAACUUAAUUCGAUUCAACAGCGGAUCGCUGCCUUGAACCAGUCGCAGCUGGCCCGCCCACCGGGCCCUGAACCGUUUCUCCGCCCUACCCCAGAGCGGAGCGCGCCUGUCAGCCCUCCUCCUUCGUACGACUCGCUCGUUCCUCCGCCAGAGCGAGUGCCCAGCAGAAAUGAGCAGACAGAAGGCCGCUCCGAGAGGCAGGUCCUGCGACCUCCUCCAAUGGAAACACUACGACCUGACCUGAAACCGAAGCCGAAAGCCCCUCCGCCCUUGCCCACGCGCAGAUCAGAUCGCCAGGCUCCUCCCCCUCCUCCGGCUCGUCCUUCACUGCCGCGCAGACCAACGGAUCAACAGCGGAGGCCCUCUCUAGAAUCGACAACAUCCGAUGCGUCAUACUCGACAGCUUCAACGGCAACAACCGCUGGGCGCAAUGCAUCUUCAACGUCGGUAAACUCCAAUGGGAACAAUCGCGUCAAGGCGCCUGCAUGGGGCGCCACAGAGCUGCCUAUUUUACCUCCGAAACGACCAAAGGAGCAAGUCAGCCUGGAACCGCCUCCGCGGCCUACGCCCACCAGUAAAAGGAGUUUCGGAAACCUGUCCUCCAGGAUCACCUCAAAAAUUCACCUACCGGGCUCCAAGCCGGCUGCUCCAUCUCCCCCAAUCCAACCGCCUCGGCCAAGUCCAUCACCACGUUCAAACGAAACUUCACGUCCAAGUCUGCCUACUCGCCCGCAGAGUAAUGAGGAUGUCCCGACACCCCCACUGCCGCCUCGUCGGCCAUCUGGAGUUCAAUCACAAUCAAACGGAGCAGCCGAAGAUGAGGGACCUGCCUUGCCAAUUCGGAGAACAUUGCCGCCUCCACCAUCUGCUUCAAGUAUCAACGACGCCCGGCAGCUUGGGUUUGGAGAUAAAAGGCCAAACAUCCCAACCCGGCCGAGUAGCACUUCAGGUCACAAACCGCCAAGUGGUACACCACCACCAAUUCCCCAUGGUUCCCGCCCGGAUCUUUCUAAGAUCAUGGCGACUAAACCGCGCUUCAGUGGCUCAUCGGCUUCAGCAAACCCUCCGGCUCACUCGUCGGAUACGGAGUGUUUAGUGUGCCGAGACUUCUCAGGUCCAGAUAACCACGCAGCUCGCUAUCCUCGGGCAUCACUUCCAACGCAAGAUAUGGGAUGGCUUGCAAAUGAGCUGACAGCACCAUUCCCAUCCUUGACAGACAAAGCCCGUGCGAUCUUUACCUGGCUGCAUCACAAUAUCUUCUACGAUGUCGUCGCAUUUUUUGGGAAAUGCGUUAAGCCUUCCACGCCAGCCAGUACCCUUGCAUCUGGAUUAGCCGUCUGUGAGGGUUACGCAGGACUAUUCCUCGAACUAGCUACCAAGGGCGGAUUAGAAGCAAUCAAGGUUGGAGGCCACGGCAAGGGAUUCUCGCAUAGCACCCUCACCCCAGAAUCCCCCGUACCCCCGUUCAACGGAAAUCACGCCUGGAAUGCAGUCAAGAUAGACGGAGGCCGCUGGAAACUCAUUGACACAUGUUGGGGCGCGGGUUGCAUAGAAGGCGAAGGCAAGCCUUACAAACAACGCUUUGAGCCAGCCAUGUUCUCAAUUCCGAAUGAAGAAUUCGGCCUCAAACACUUUCCCUCCAAUGCCAACCACUUCUUCCGUGAAGACGGCCGACCAAACCCCACCUGGCAAGAAUAUAUCCUCACGGACCCGGAGAAACCAAACGGGGUCGAACACCUGAAGGUCUACGGCGACGCCGAUAAACGCUCAAUUGGGCGUAAAACAAUUCAACCAGCAGCCCUGAACAUUUCUGUCAGUACGCCUGGUUCAAUGCGCUUCUCAUUUGGGCUCCUCUGUCCGCACUGGACGCUAGCACGCAACAGCCGCAGCACACCUGGUCUAUUCCUGCUUAUGGUACAUGGUGUGGAUGGACGUGAGGACGAUAGACUUCCGUUUAGACAUGUACCUGGCUCGGGUCCCGCUGGCGGGGGCGAGAUGUGGUAUGUUGAUGUCCCUACGGCUCGCAUGCUUGGUGCUCCUGGUCAAAAGCUGCAGUUGGCUGUUUUGACGAGCUUUGAUAAUCAAGAUGCUGAUGGCGUUACGGCUGAUGAGUUCUUGGCUAAGAAUGGUCGUGUUGGCAUGGCUUGGGCUUAUGUUGCUGAGUGGGAGCUUGUUCGGUAG